UGGGAAACGCUUCAGUAGCCCUCCCAAUCCGAGGGGGAAAUCGUGACGGAAGCGGUACAGUGUAUAAUUUGGAAAUUACGUUAAAAGGGGCUCGGAGCAAUAAGGGGCGGAUUUAAUGAUCGAUUACCGCUCGGAAUAACAAAAGGUGGGCAUUAGGGAGUAGGGCUCACCCGUUUUUUGAAAGCGGAAGUAGGGAGCAAGUUGGUGGUUUGUACUGACCUUCGACCCGGAAAUAGGAAAGAGCACUGCUGCUUGCGCGGAGCUGGCGCACGCUUUCAAACGGAGGUUUCCGGCCUACUCGUUCCGUCAGCAUCAUGGGGAAGCCACGGCGGCGGAUCGCCCCGGGCCUGCGGGCUUCAGAGCCACAGGAGGAAAAGAUUGAGGAACCGGAGCCGGGAGCGCUGAAUGUCACCGAGGAGGCGGACGAUUUCCAUGAGCAGCGGCUGGAGGAAGCGGUGUUGGCGGCCCUGGGCAGCGAGGAGGAGAAAGACAGUGAGGAGGAGGUGGAGGAGGUGCUGGGUCUGCAGCUGUCCGAGAACAGCGAGACGGAAGAAGAAGCAGAAGAAGAUGAUGAUGUUGAAGAAGACGACGAGCCGCUGGACAUGGACAGUGACUUGGAAGAGCAGCAGGGUGGCGGUAAUAGGGGCUCUGGUCUCCCUCAUGAAUUUGCUUGGGGUCAGCGGAAGCAGUUGUAUUAUGGCACUGACUAUGGCAAGGCUGCCACUCGUUCCAAAGCAGCCAAGCAGAGUCAGGAGGAAGCUGAAGCUGAGGAGCAGGAGGAAGAAGAGGAAGCCCAGGCCAUCCAGAAACGGCUUGCACAGAAUCUGGGUGAGGAUGACUAUGGCUUGGAUCUGCUGCAAGCCUACGCCACAGCAACUGAGCAACCAAGUGAAAAAGACUCAGGAUGGAAAAUUGCCAAAGAUUUACACUCUCUUUCUAAAAAGGAGCAGCUGAGGCUGUUAAAAAAGGAAUCCCCUGAGCUGCUGGAGCUGAUUCAGGACUUUGAAGCCAAGUUAACUGAGCUCAGAGAUGAAUUGGAGCCCCUCAUGCAAAUGAUAAGAGAUGGGGUCAUCCCACAGGGGAAAGGUAGCCAAUACUUGCAGAACAAAUACCAUCUCUACUUAAAUUAUUGUUGCAACAUCAGCUUUUAUUUGGUGCUGAAGGCAAAAAGAAUUCCAGUCCAUGGCCAUCCUGUCAUCGAAAGACUUGUGACAUACAGAAACAUAAUUAAUGAAUUGGGAAUUCUGGACCAAAAAUUGUCCCCAGAAGUUCGUCUGCUUCUUAAAGAAUUCCAUAAUAAUGACAGUGAAAGGCUGAAAGGUAGAAAGCAGCCCAUGGUAUUUGUCAGAAAGCCUGUCAAUAAAAGCAAGCCUAAAACAGUUCAUAAGACUGCUAACAGUAAAACUGCUGAAGAACCUACUGAUGAUUCAGAUUUCGAUGAGGAGGCUGCCCUGAAUUAUUAUAGAGAGAUGGAAGAAAAGAUAAAACUAAAGAAAAAGAGGAAACAAGAUGAAAUGGAAGCUGUGGAAGAAUCAAUUAUGGGAGAGGAAGUACCAGAUCAAAAGAGAGGUGCAACAUAUCAGAUUGUCAAGAAUAAAGGCCUCAUGCCCAAAAGGAAGAAGAUUGAUCGUAAUCCCAGAGUCAAGCAUCGUGAAAAAUUCAGACGAGCCAAGAUUCGCCGGAAGGGCCAGGUUCGUGAGGUCCGAAGAGAAGAACAGAGAUACGGAGGCGAACUGUCUGGCAUCCGUGCUGGAGUUAAGAAGAGUGUUAAACUUAAAUGAUUAUUUUUGCAUUUUUCCCCCAUGCUGAAAGCAGUGAAUGUGAGUUCAAUAAAUCUUCUUUUUUGGGAAAACAAA